UGAAACAUUGGAUGCCAACCACCGUUAAACCUCGUCGAAGAUCAAGAAGAAGAAGCAGUUACUGUGGGAACUUCCUGUUUGUAGUGUGACCGGAAGUGGAUAAAAACAUUGGAGGGAACGAAAAAUAUUCUGACAUCUGUUGAAAAGGACAACAUAGUCUGGACAACCUACCUUGUGUCCAGCAGCCAGAUCACCAUGGCGAAAAGGAGGAGCCUGUCCAACCUGGUGGUGUCUUGUAAGUGGGCGUCCUGCACCUUCAAAGGCCACUGCAUGGAGGAGCUCAGUGAACACAUGUCACUGCACCUGAAGGAUCACCUAGGAGACAGAGAUGCUAUGGAAGAACUAGAUGACUAUGCAUGUCUGUGGGAGGGCUGUGAGUUCCUGGCUAUGGGCAGCCCCAGGGAGCUGGAGAUCCAUGCUCACUUCCACACCUUCCACAGCAAACUCAAGUUCAUUGGGGAGCAGAUGCUCAAGUCCCACCCCAACUUCCCCAGCUGUACCCAGGACCUCCACAGCAACAACCUGGUCCCCGAGAUCUCAGAGGGACUUGUGUGCCAGUGGGAGCACUGUGAUAGUACAUUUAACAACCCGGAGUGGUUCUAUCGGCAUGUGGACAUGCACGCUCAUUGCACUGGUCUCUCUCCUCUCCCAGACCAGCAGCAGGCCAUCUUCUGCAGCUGGAAAGGUUGUGAUGCAUUCUUUAAGAUCAAGUACCGUCUGCGGGAGCACCUGCGCAGCCACACUCAGGAGCGUCUGGUGGCCUGCCCCACCUGCGGCUGCAUGUUCUCCAGCAACACCAAGUUCUUCGACCACAUCCACAGACAGGCCGAGCCAGAGGAGUCCCUGGUGUGUGAGCAUUGUGACAAAGGCUUUGCCAAUGAGAGACUGUUGAGAGACCAUGUACGACAACAUGUGAACCAUAUCAAGUGUCCCCUAUGUGACAUGACCUGCACCUCUCUCGCCACUCUGAAGAUCCAUAUCAAGUUCCGCCACUGUGACGAGCGACCCUUUCCCUGUGACUUCUGUGAGAGCAGCUUUAAGAACCAGCACGACCUGCGGAAGCACAUGGAGACACAUAAUGAGGGGGCGGCCUACCACUGCUCUGUGGAGGGCUGUGACUACUCCUCCCGCAUGGCCCACACCAUGAACCAGCACUACAAGAGAGUACACGAGGGUGGAAUGGUCUCAAAAUACAAGUGUCAUCUCUGUGACAGAACCUUCUCUUGGUGUUACACACUCACUCUCCACCUGCGCAAGAAACACCACCUGAAAUGGCCCUCUGGACACUCCCGCUUCAGAUACAAGGAGGAUGAAGAUGGCUACCUGAGGCUGAACAUGGUGCGUUACGAGACAGUGGAGGUGACUCAGGAGAUCAUGAAGAACAUGGCUAAGAAGAGGACGCCCCAUAAGGGCCCCGGGUCCAGCAGCCGAGCCAAGAGAGCUGCCACCCGGGCAGCCAGGAGUCAUGGCUCUCCCCCUGGCUCCUCCUCCCCCUCCUCUUGCUCCUCUUCCUCAGAGCUCUCUGCAGGGGAGGAGAUGUCAGCCCAGCCCAGCCCCAGGAGCAGUGACUCACCUGUGUACUGUGUACUGAGUAACGUGUCUGAUAUGGGGGAUGACCCCGACGCAACCCGGGACGGCUCUGACUCCUGCGGGCCCUCGGGUGCUGUGAGGGCCCUGACUGAGGUGGCCAGGGGUCUGGGGAUGGAUGUGGUGUGAUCACACACAGACCCUCCUUAUUCUAGUGGUCCAAGUAAACUAUUGACGUUACCACAUUGUUGUCUCCAACCUUGAUCCUGUAGACUAAAGUAGUGAUACCAACUUGAAUUGUAUCUCAAUGAAUAGGAAUAUUCCAUUCGAUGAAUGCAGCCAUUCAUAUCUAACGCACUGUCAUUCCUUUGUGAAAUGUGCACUUGGUUGAAGAAAUACAGAUCCAGUAUCUUCUCAGGACCAGUGUUGGAGACCACUAAUGUAGCAUUACUGAAUCACUCCAUUGUUACAGCUGUGCUGCAUGUAUGAUGGCUGGGCUUAACCUGGGAUGGACUGUUUAUUAAAGUUCACUAAAUGUUAGUAUCUCUGGAAGAGAUGUGACAAGUUGACAAGAAUGUGAGGACUGUUAGUGCUUACUAUCCCUGAUCAAAUGUUUUUAUUUGUUAGUGUUUUACAGUAUUAUCUUUAAUGCGGCGAGGGCGUUGGCAGCAUCAGAAUGUGACCCCAUUGACAGCAGUUUUGAAAUCACCUCAGGUUUUUAGUGUAGAAGUCUCAGGUCACUUUUUUUUUUUUUUUUUUUUAGGUUUUCCUUUGUGGUCACUGGAUAAUCUGAUUUCAUUAAUGCUGUAGCUUAUGAUUUGACCAAGUUUUUUUAGAUUUAAGUUUUGUCAGUUAUAUUUUUGUAUGUCCAUUUUAGGAACAGUAACCAGACUAACUCAUGAGUUAACAUUUUAUGAACGAAUUUGCACUUUUAUGUUGAACAAAAUCAUUGUUCAUCAAUUUACAGGUGUUUUAAAGGAUGUAAAUCGUUUUUCAACACAGUAGUUUGUCCUAUAUCUGUGUCAUACAGGUAAUAAUCAGAAUCACAGAAUUUGUCUUGAAGCAGGACCUUACAGAGUUACAGUUCUAAGGCAAGCAAGCUCACAGAAUAGCGUCCUCUGAUUUCUGUCAUUACGAGGUAGUCCUGUGGGGCGCGCCAGACAAUGGGAGAGAGAAGGGGACCAGAGGCACCAGUGUGCUUAAGGACCCAGGGGGAAGAGUUCUGUUGGGGAGGCUACUCUGAGGGCUCUGUGAGACCCACCAUGGAAAUAUGUGUCACUUGGAAUAGGUGGAGGUCAGGAGGCUGGGAUGGGUGACAUGGCCUCCCAUGGUGACGGAAUGGAGGCUGUGCUGGUAGUAUUCCUCUCUGAGCAUAGUCAGACGCUAUCUCCAUGAGGUAAGCCCUCUCCUGCUGCUUCAGGGCCAGUGAUGGGGUGGGUGCGGAAAGCCGUGAUGUGUGUCUCUGUAUGACCAGUUUGCUGCCUUCAACAGCCUGGCUCCCACUACACCACGUGGAGGAUGGGUUUGAGGGUCAUCAUUGAAAUCCUGGUCAUCCUCUCUCUGCCGCUUCAUCUUCUUGGCCUUUAUGUAGUUUUCACACUCAAGCCCUCUCUUCCUGACUCCCAGCUACGGCUGCCAUUGGACCGCUGAUCAGGUUUCAAGGUCAUUGUCUGAGGAACAGACUUCUCUUUAGCCCGGUGAAAUGUCAAGAGUCCCUGCAACAUUGUGGCCUUGAUGUUUCUCCACUAAGUACUGUUUCUCCUCCAUCUUCUCUCUGGGUAGGUGCAGCUGCUUUCCCCAUUCCCUGUCCUGAGGUUUCCUGCUUGAAUCUUCCUGGUCGUUCAGGUUAUCAUUCAGAGGACAGGGGUGUCUUCUGCUGCCUGCUCCAUCACUCAGGAGUUACUCCUACUUCUCCAUUUGGUGCAUUUAGAUUGUCUUUGUGAUAGAUCAUGGGAUAGUCUGUUUUUAAGAGGAGGAAGAAUAAGCAAGUCAAAGAAAUGUUAGUUUCAAAAGGCAAUUCCCUCCUUUAUGAUUAUAUUGUCACAAUACUGAACCAAUGCUGAAGGGAGACUGAAGGUACUACUCACUUAAUGCUAGGAUUGCCAUUCCACCAAAUGCUGUGGCACUCAUUGUCCCCAAAACUCCAAAUGAAGGAUGUGUACUGUGACUCUGGAGCAGGAGAACAAUGGGAAAAUGCUAUGUUGAGUAAUUUCUGUCUGUGUUAGAUUACAGUACUCUAGUGAGAUAAGUCAUCUUUUUAAGGAGGUUAAGUCUUUGGUCUCUGUCCUCACCUUGGUUAGAGAAUGGGGUGGAGGACUGAAUACGGUCCCGCUGAUGGUGGAUGGCUUGAAUCAGGUCAGGACCAGCAGGCUGAGUCAGAAACUCCGGCUUGAUACCGAAGUGGAUUGCUUGUGAGGUCACUUGCAUUUUCUGCUGAGAAAUGGAAGGACAGACAGAUAUAGUGCCAGUUAUGUGUGGCUUAGAUACAAAUGAUAAUUUUGGGAUUUUAUACACAUUUUAGUGGAUGUUCAACACAUUUUCAUACCUUCACCCGCAGUUUAUGGUGGUGGAUCUGCUAUGCAAUGCGGACAUGCAUUGUAUGCCAUCUUCCUGGUCUCUGAGAGAAUAUCCAGUUCAGUUGGUCGAAACAGAACACAAAACGCUUUUCAAAUGAGAACAUUUUGGCGAUACUCUUAUGAUUGAAAUGAUGAAAUUAAAAUGAUCUAAAGGGUACUCUUGGGAUUCUUCUCACACAAGUAGGUGCUUGUGUGACCCAAUCCUAGGUCCUGGUGCCAUGUCUAGAACAUUUGAUGUCUGACAAAGACAAGGAAAUGUAGACUUCUGAUCACACACUACUAACUCAUGACACCAUAACUUGAUGAUACCUAAAUACUAUAUAUUUUGCCUCUGCCCCAACUUCCUUACUUCCCAUUACUCUCUUUUCCACUGGUACCUUGGGAGGGUGGAAGGCCCCCUGCAGGGAGCUGAAGGGUCCUGGGUGCCAUGGGGGCCAACCCUGGCAUCACAUGUGGAUGGGUCUGCUGUAGAGUAAAGAAAAGCAGUGUAUGAGAGAGACUUACAUUGUGUCUGUAGAAGGGAUCCACAUUAGUUGAGAAUUUGACAAAAUAAAAAAAGAACAUUCAUUAGAUUUGUACAGGUUUCAUCAACAUAAUUGAUAUAAAACUGUAGAACUUCAAAUCAAAUGUUAUUUGUCACAUGCGCCGAACACAACAGGUGUAGUAGACCUUAGUGAAAUGCCUACUUACAAGCCCUUAACCAACAAUGCAGUUAAGAAAAUACCUUAAAGUAAGAAGAAUAACAAACAAUUAAAGAGCAGCUUUAAUUUAA